AUGAUGCAGAUCUGCCUCACUGGGACAAUAGAACCCCAGAUCUGCCUCACUGGGACAAUAGAACCCCAGAUCCGCCUCACUGGGACAAUAAAACCCCAGAUCCGCCUCACUGGGACAAUAAAACCCCAGAUCUGCCUCACUGGAACAAUAGCACCCCAGAUCUCAAUACAAUUCAUUCGACGCACCAAUUCGACGCACCAGCAGCUCAAUACCACUGCAAACAUGCGACGUAACCUCGCAAAUCUUGAAACCUCUUCUCUGUAUACGUUGUUUGCGUAUCGUAGCUUCUUGCAUUUAGCAUCAGGUUCUUUGCCGUUGAGGACAAUGACAAAGCAGUACAAAGUGAUGUUGAAGCGACAACAGCAUCAAGAACCACACCAAUUAUUGAGGCAAGUCUGGCUCAACAAUAAAAAGCGUGUUGACAUUCUUAUAUUCGGCCCAUCCAUACACAAUCGCACGUUCUAA